AUAUUUUUGCAACACAGCUGAUUGUCGAGUUGUCUGUAACUUUGACUCAGCAUUUGCUUUGCUUUUGGUUUGCUGAGAUGUAAACUGUUAAGUUAGUGUUUAUUUUGUGAUGUACACAAAAUACAAAUAUUAAUUACGCUUUGCAUUUGUUUUCUUAAAUUAUUUCAUUCUAAAUUUUAGUCAAAUCUGAAUAUUUUUAUCAAUUGCCAUGUAUACGUAAAUUGUAAGUUAUUUUAUCUUAGCAACAGAAAUGUACGUGUUAUUUAAUGCUCUUGUUUUUUAAAAAUCUGCUGAUAUGUGAAGCUGUUCUUGAAUAACUUUAUAUUACAGAGUGUGGCGAUGGUUGACAUUUUCUAAAAUGGUUAAAUUAAAUUUAUUUUGUUCAAGAAUGACUAUUAAGUGAUUCAUGAAGUCGUCCAAUAUGCUUGUCAAAACCUCUAAAACCAUAGCACUGUGCUCAUUAGCGAAUUUUAUAAAUGCGGCAGAUAGAAUUCUUAUGCCCAUAGCCAUUAUUCCUAUGACUGAUCAUCAUAAAUGGAGUUUGUAUUGGCAAGGAUGGAUUUUAAGUGCAUUUGCAUUUGGUUAUAUUACUAGUCAGAUCAUUGGUGCAAGUGCUGCAUCGAAAUUUGGUGGUAAAACUGUCAUGACAUUUGCUGUUUUUCUUUGGUCUGUUUCAACUGUCAUUACACCAUUAAUUGCUUCAUCAUUAACUCUGCUCAUUAUUUGUCGAAUAUUGUUAGGCCUUGGAGAAGGCAUAGGUUUACCCACUGUGUUUAAUAUUUUUGCUCAUUCCGUACCUGUUGAAGAACGUUCUCGUGCUUUUGGAUAUUUAGUGGCAAGUGGAACUGCUGGUCAGACAAUAGCUGCUCUGGUAUGUCCACAUUUACCAUGGCCUUGGAUGUUUUAUUCUUUUGGAAGUCUUGGCUUUGUUUGGGUCUUACUGUGGAUAGUAUUAUAUGCUGAAAUUCCAAAUUAUGGAGAUGAGGAAUUGCCAUUAGUUUUUCCAAAGGUCACUAAAGUGAAUGUCAGAUGGAUUGAAUUCAUCAGCCAUUGGUCUUUGUGGGCUGUAUACAUUGCUCAUUUUGCCAUGAAUUGGUCAAAUUACAUCAUAAUGCAAUGGUUGCCAACUUAUUUGUCUCGUAAUCUUGGGGCUAAUAAAGAAGACAUUAGCUUAACUGCCAUGCCUUACUUAAUAAAUUCUUUAUGUGGAGUGGUUUCUGGUCAUUUUGCUGAUUCUUUAAUAACUCGUAAAUGGACAGUGUUGUCUGUUCGCAGAUUAAUGACUUGCAUUGGUCUGAUAGGCCCUGGAGUAUUUCUAUUGUGCUUUAAUGCUGUAAAUAAUUUAUUAGCUGCUGUUGUAUUUGUCUCCAUCUCAAUGGGAUUAUGUGCUUGUAACUCAGCCGGGCAUUUGAGUAAUCAUGCUGAUGUUGCUCCAAAUCAUGCUGGUGUAACAUUUGCAAUUUCAAAUACAAUUGCCACUAUACCUGGUAUACUAUGUGGUCCACUGACAGCUGAAUUAGUCACACAGUCUCAUGGGCGAUGGUUUCCAGUAUUUGUCUUAGCAGGAUGUGUUAAUUUUGUUGGAGCUGUGAUUUAUGCCAGUCAGAGUUCAGCAAGCCAAGCUUUGUAAAGAUUAGAUAAUCUUUAUGAAUAGAGGCUUAAGCACAAAUUCAUACGACCUUACAUUUACUUUUUACAGAUCACAAAACAGACCAAGAUUAAAUCUUUAUUUUGUUGCUGAAAGUUUAUAAAUACUCAUGAACACUUUUAUAUAAUUAUGUAAGUUAUAUACGUAUAAAGUUAUAUUUAUAAAUAUGGACAUUCUGUACAAAAAUACAUAAGUAUUUUAACUGCAAAAUUGAAAAUAUUCAUGAAAAUAAAGUUUUAUUUAUUUGUUUGAA